CGCAAAAAAAAGAAGUUUUUUUGUAAAUAAUUCUAUAGACCAUUUUUUACCAGUUGAACUUAUGUGGUCGCCAGAUUCAAGGAGCGAAAUAGUCAACUGUGACUGAUUGCCAAGCAAAAACAAAUCAAGAAGAAGAAGAAGAAGAGAAACAGUAGACCUAGAUCUAUAACGACCUUUUGAAUCACGAAGAUUCUUAUCAGGAAGGUUAGAUGGAGGAGUUAACGCAGAAGUUGAACUUUGACGCGAUAGGAAUUCAGUGUCAGACGGUGAAGAGAAUCUGUCAGUCUAUCAAAGAAAGGAGAGCACACCUGAUCGGUGAUGAACCUAUUUCUGCUGCAACUCGUAAAAUCGAAAAAUUAGAGCUGCUGUGGUCGAAGUGCAGGGAUGGUUCACCUCGCCAGAGCUCCCUGUGCUCCCAUGCCCUGAUCGAACUCUGGGAAGAUGGCGUCCUACAGCAGGACUACAUCCUUCAGGAGUUUAUCAACCUCGUACCCACGGCCAGGACCGUGAAGCCAUGCGUGGAUGCAGUGGGUAAACUGCUCCUUAUGUUGGUGAAGAAGUCUCUGUUUGGAGUGAUGGGUAGUGGGGAUGAGGUUGUGCCAGAAAAUCGCUGCUAUUUCUACAUGAGGACUCGUCCGCAUCCUUUCAUAUCCAUGUACAAGAGUAGACCAGAUUGCUGGUCCUCUAUUCUGGAAACCGUCUCCUCUUUGCUCUCUCAAGACAACGAUCGCUUGCAAACAGAAGUCCUUCACAUCUUGAAGUCGUUUAUCAAGUAUGCAUUGCUGGACCCUCUCAUUGAUCCUAAACAGGGAUCUCUUAGGGUUCUACUUGCAGAAAGUCUUGCCCAAGCAUGCCGGCCUAGAUUGAUACCUCAGAGUAGCCCUCAAGCUAAAGAAGUAUUGCCACUGUUCCUCGGCGAGGUGGUAAAGUUUUUGUUGGAAUGCAUGCCAUGCCUGCCGACAUCUACAUGCGAUGCAGUCACCGAAGCGGCACACCUAGCAACCGUAACCAUGGACAUCAUCUCCGGUUACGCUCCAUCUAUUGAUGUGAAUCUGGUGGGACAGUCGAUCUAUUACUGUCUCUCACUGGGCCAUCAACUGGAGGAGCUAGGGAUGGAUAUGUCCCCGGUCUUACGCCUCCUGGCAGGGAUGAAUCCAGGGCAUAUGAAGUUCCAGGAUGUUGCAAUCAUCGCGAUGAUAGCAAACCUGUUGUUGAUUGGCUCCAUUCAAGAACAGAAUUUCAUACUGCAAUUUGCCCUGAAGUUCUUUGGAUCCCCUGCCGGCCCCACCCGGUCCAGGACCAAGAAGCUGCUGGUAUGGUCCCUGAUCCAGGUCCUGGAUCACUUGCUGGGCCGUUCCACCAUAGAGCUGAAGUCUCUGGAGGUCUCUGUGAGAAAGGAAAACUGUGAGAUGGCGCUCAAACUCUUCCAUGAUAUCACCGCUAUCCGACUGACUCCUUUGGUAGAAGGAAGUGGUGAUGUUCCUGAUAAGAUUGUCCAUUUUCAUGGAGUCCACCCGUGGCACAACACAAUGUCUGUUUUCCAAGAGACGGCGGUCACCGUCUUAAGCAACGUGAACACAGCCCAAAAUUGGCUCUGUUGUCAGAAAGCCAAGGUGCAUGCUGGGAUUGGCGAUACAGACAUGGAAGAGACGAUACAGUUAACCGUAGCCAUCCUGUUCUCUUUUGGUCACCAGCUGGCCCAUCUCUGUAUUGAUGUGCUGGUCGACGUUGGCAAUGUAGCUCCUGCAAAGGCUUACAGCAUGGUGCCUCUUUUCAUGUAUACCCUAAGAAAGAUCAGAGUGCCUGCAAUGAGCACAUACCUGAUCAAAGCCCUGCCGAGGCUUGUGGGUCAUCGCUACCUCAUUAGUCCUGUCUUUAAGCUUGUCCUGAAUAGUAAUCUGGAUGCCAUGUCACUCAAACUAGUUACAGACCUCUGGAAAAAACAGGAUCGGAUAUUUCCUGAGCUGCAGAUGAAACUAGCUGAAUGUGAGAAAAGCAUCGGUCAUCUGAACCCACACACAGGGCUAGAUGACAUGCUCUUAGAGAUUGCAAUCUGUGUUUGUGAAGUCUGCACCCACAGACCAGUGCAGCACGGUGCGGACAUGGUGCGGACCCUAUCGAUGGUCUUGAAGAAAGCCACCGGACCUCGGGGAGUCCCUGCUACCUGUUAUGCCUUGGACGCCCUGAUAUCUAUCACCAAGGCAGAAGAUGUGGUUGACAUCAUAACAGCGUACAAGGGUCUAGCAGGGCAGUUUCAAGCGGAGGAGAGGCCUAUGGUUAUAGCCAAGUGGUGUGAAUUUCUUGGACUGGUCCCAGAAUUGCAUGUGGAUUCCAAGAAAUAUGAGGGAUUUACAAGGGCAGUUAUUAAUCAACUAUGGCUUUAUACAGCGCAUCCAGACCACAGAGUUGUUUCAGAAUCUCUAUCAGCCCUAGCAGCAUUCAAGAUAUGUUCUUUCGAAAUCCGUCAUCUUCCGAGAGAGGCCACAAAGGAUGUCCAGACGAAGCGGGCCCAAGAUCGGAAGAGGAGGGCUGAUGCGAGAACAUCAAGAGGUGAAGAAGAAGAAGAAGAUGAGGAGGAAGAGGAAGAAGACCUUUCUAUACCUGGGAGCUGUUUCAUUAAUCUACUACCUUGUGUGAACCAGGAGGCAACUUCAGGCAAGGGGGAACUUCUUCAUUCCUUCCUCUGUGACGAGCUGGUAGAACUCCCUCGCAGGUAUUACUCCCAGACCUCCCCUAGACAGGCAGCUACCGAGAGCAAUGUAAGCAAGCAGGUCUCUGGCAUCCCCUCUGUCAUCUCUCUGAAGAACCUGAACAACAAGCAGCCUGGACAUAGACCUUCAUAUGCAGCUGGUUUGCUGUUCAGCUUCAAGCCCGGAAGUAAGAGCAGCAGAGAUCCAAAGAAAGCAAGGAAGAAUAAGACUGCCUUGAGCCAAGUUUGUUUGGAUGAGCUCACCUUAUUGCUCAAUGAGGUCCCCGUUUCAUCACCAGACUGGUUUUACAUCAUGCAGCUACCCAGUGCAUGGGCUUCAUUCAUGUCUACGGCAUUACAAGCUGUCAUUGAGGGAAGACGUUCAGAGGUAGAGCAUGAAGCAUGUCGAGGUAGAGAUGGUCCUGAUGAAGAAAAGCAAAAGGAAGGCUUGGCAUCGGCUUGGCUGUGGGCUCGGGAUAGACUGACAGAGCAGCUGAGGACGACUGUCUUGAAGAACUCUGGUGCAAGGGGCAAUGCGAUUCUGGCCUUGGGUGGCUUGGCACAUGCUGUGAGUGCUUACGUUGUACAACUGGGAGAAGAAGCUACUUUAAGCCAGAGGUCAGCCUCCCAGUACGAAGGUCAUAAGUCAUGGAUUACCAGGGUCGUGGACUCUUUUCAAGUUGCCAUGGAUUCAAUACAUACUGCUCAGUCAGUGUUCAAAUUCUGCCAACAUCAUUCUCGGGACCACUCCCAGGCCACCGGUGAGCAGGUUCAUUCCUGCGCUGCCCUCGCUCUUCCACUGCUUGCCAGUCACAUCAUGACCAUGCCUACCAAUGCCAUCUCCCAAGUGAUUGACAGGAUGAUGUCAUUAAGCUCCGCCCAGCCCUCAUCAGUGCCCAUACACCAUGGCCUUGGUGUGGGCAUGCUACUGGCUAGGCUGUGCGUAGAGCACUUCACAGACAUGACAGGAACAGAGGGUGACAAUGUCCUUUCCCGAUACUUCGACAAGCUGGAGAACACCGUCUUGACUCAGAAUAAUAACCCACAGGGACAUGUGAUCGGCUGUACGCUGGGUUUGGGUGUCGCCCUCUCUGGUCUAACGCAUGAGAGUACUACCCAUGCAAAGGUUCAUGUGUUGAAGGUCAGAGGGGAUUUACUGAGCAAGAUUGAAAGCCUCGGAAACUCUGCCAGUUGUCUGACCGAGGCACAAGUGUUGUGUGUUGCCUUGGUUACUGCUGCAUGUUAUCAGGUCAACUACAUCACCUCCCAGGAGGCGUUGCACACUGCCAAAAUGCUACAGACCAUGGCCCAGAAUAACCUCAAGUGUAUUCCAUUAGCAGUGGGUACUGGUCUACUGAUGCACAGUCUUACGAGGAUAGGUCAUCAGGAAGUGAUCCCUCUCUACAACAAUCAGCAAGCAGAGCUCCUCAGACUUCUCACUGACAAGGAUAGCAGCAUAGACCUGAUAAAGUCAUCAGUAGCUGGACUAGUAGCCCUCUUGGUCGGGCCGGGUCAUCUAGUCCAGAGUGAACGUAGACCAGGACCUGAACAUCGAGGUCUCAGCUCUGCAGUCAAGAUGCUAUGUCAGCUUUUGUCAGACACAUCCGACUUGAGGCUACAGCAUUCGUUGCCAUGGUUACUUGGUUAUCUAUACAUGGGAUCCACCGAUGUGACAGAGGCAAGAUCGUCAGUUCCAUCCAACUACAACAACCUGGAGGAGAGCAGCCUGUUGAGGGCAGCAGUCGACAUGCUGAUAGCUGCAGGAAGGCUUGGUAGCGAGGUGGUCCCUUCUCGGCAUGUACUCACUGUACUGAAAGUACUACAUGAAUGCUCCGAGAGCUGCAAGAAGGCGUUACCACCAGUCAAUUGGGCUGUGGUCCUCAACCCUAUCAUGAGGAACAAUAGCUAUGCAAAUGGUGCCAUAUACUAUGAGUGUAUGAAGCUGGCAGUAGGACAGUGUGCUGUUGUGAGGUCAGCAGCGUUACAGAGCAAUGCAAGCUUUGUAGCAUCCUGGCUCUCUCCGUCUGUCUACCUUACCAUCAAGGAAAGUUGUGAGAAACAUCUCUUCCAAUCUCUGCACAUCCUUGUGGGCUGUAUACCCCUUGAAAUCCUAAAAGCCUUCCUCAGCGGCCAACUGGUCGGCUUGUUUCAGCAUUCCAACACGCACUUCACCCAUUGUAUUACAGCAUUACAUGGCCUGAAUUUAGCCGCUCAGGUUCCGGACCCAGCUCAUGGAGUUGUCAAUUUGCUGAACGAGACUGCACGGAAGAUUUUUGCGAGCUUGCCAUUUGACAAGGAGUACGAUUGCCUGCUCCAUGCCCAUUUUGCUGAAUUCAUUAAAUAUCUACCUAUGGAGUUCUUGGAGGAAGUCACUCAGAUGAAGGACCAUCUACUGAAACCAAGCUUUAUACGUGGAUACUUGGUCAAACAGGGUUUACAACCAGUGCAAUGGUUGAAAGACUGCGUAGACGAGGCGAUGAAUGUUGGCAGCGAGUCUGACCAGUCAGUCAUCCUGUGGUUCUUGAUGAUAGCCCUCGGACAGACGCCCUCUCAGCUCCCUGUCCAGGAGAGGGAGAUGUGGCUCCAGCAACUCAUGAAUCACUUGAAAACCAUUGCUUUUGGCAGAGAGUCAACACCAUCUAGCAGUACACGAGAACCUCAUCAGAGAAUCAACUUCCUUCUAGAAGUGUUUGCCAUCUCCAUUGUGACCUGGUCUUCUCCUGAGUUCACCCACAUCUGUGGUCCCCACCCCCAUCACUAUGUCUAUGGAACCUCCCAGGGAACUGGCCAAUUAGCUGCAGGUAUUGAAGGAGGAGAGGAGGAACUGUCUUCCACAGAGUCUUGUGAGAGCACCCCUGAUUGGCUGCAGCAAGUCAAUGAGAAUAGUCCACUUGGAUGUGGGGAGUAUGGGAGGCAGACUGUGCAGAGGGUGAAAGGAUUUCUACCUGGCGCUCUGUGUAGACUGGUUAGCAAGGCCCCCUGGGAUGGCAUGAGAGGCAAGAUCAUCGAGUGGUUGAUCAACAUGAGUAUAGACAGCAAGAAUGAGCUGGUUACAGAGCCAAUGAGAAGAGAGCUGAAAGGUUGCCUGUAUGCAUUACGUCACUAUAAUGAAUUCAGAGCUAACUCACAGUGGAUGAAGAUUUUCGACAAGUGAUGAUGAUGCUGAUGAUGAUGGUGGCCUGCUUGUCUAGUGCCGAUGUCUUUCGGUCACUUGAUGGAAGUCUGCAAGCACAGGCUCUAGACACUUCAGCAUCAUCUACAAUAUCUUGAAGGAUUGCUAUUCUGCAAGUACAGACCCUACUC